AUGAACUCGGAGGAGCAGGCAGGCCGACAGCCUCUUGCACGUGCUACAUUGGCUCCGCAACACAGUGCAAUUAUGGUGGUUGCAGGCAUCCUCAACAACGAGCGCAACAGCACUACAGGGAUCAUCUAUACAUGUAGUCUGCUCUACAAUGGCUACAACAACGUUGGCGUCUACAAUGGCUACAAUGGCGGCGCCGUGGGCUACGCUGGUGCUGCUGGUGCAGCGAACGCUGGUGCUGGCGCCUCCGCGAGUGCGAGCGCAAGCGCCAGGGCGAAUGCUGGUGCGGCGACCCAGUACCGCAAGCUGCGCUCGGAGUAA